UCUCUCAAAGCGAAAUAAGCAGCACAGUGAAAAGUUCUGACAAUAUGCCACCACAGACCAAGGAUGAAGACCCGUGCACGGAAGUCAUUCUAAUUCCGGAAUGGGUGAAGCCAGAAGUCUUUCAGGAUCUUUUGAAACAGCAGGUUAAGAAUUACAAGGAAACAAACUCAUUGAGAGCCAGCGCAGGUGUAGCCAAGGGUGAAAACUAUGCCACAAUAAUGCUGAGGGUUGAGUUGGAUGUAGAAACUGAAGAUAAAUCACAGGUCACAAAGGCCUAUAUGCUGAAGACAGCCCACGAUUCAGACGCUUAUCGAAAGAUCUUGGAAAGAUCGAAUUUUUUCGAUACUGAGCGGGGAAUGUACUUGAAAGUAGUGCCCGAAAUGGAGCAAAUGUAUCGCGAUGUCGGUCUCGAGGUGAAGUUCGGGGCUCAGUCUUACGAGAUCCCUACCAACGAGAACUAUGUCCUGCUGGAAGACCUGAAGCCCCAAGGGUUCAAGAAUGUCGAUCGUCUGCAGGGUUUGGAUCAAACCCACACCGAGAGCGCUCUGCGGAAAUUCGCCCAGUGGCAUGCCGCAUCGGCAGUACGUGUGGAUACCAAGGGACCCUACGAGGAGAGGUACACAAAAGGAUUCUUUCGGAGCCCAGAAAUCGUUGAUGCCUUGUUUAAGGGCAGCAUGAAGUCGCUGCUGAAAUACAUAGAACACUAUGAGGGACGCGAAACAUACUUAAAAGAUUUGCUCAGUAUCUCGGAAAAGCUGGAUGAUCUAGCGACUAAAAUAAUCGAACCGAAUCCUGAUGAGUUCAAUGCCCUGAACCAUGGCGAUGGUUGGUGCAAUAACAUCAUGUAUCAGUACAACGAUAAAAAUGAGAUAUUGAAUACAUACUUUGUGGAUCUUCAAAUACCAAAGUGGGGAUCAGUAGCACAGGAUUUGUACUACUUUCCUCAUAUCGUCAACAAGUUUGGACAUAAAACAUCAAAGUUCGAUUACUUCAUUUGGUUCUACCAUUCGGAACUAGUUAAGCAUCUCCAAUUGCUGAAGUAUUCGAAGCCUCUGCCCACGCUCAGAGGCAUCCGUAAUGAUCUAUCAAAGCACAGUGGUUGGGGUUUAGUGUGCUGCACAUCUGUAAUGGGAUUUGUUUUACUGGAUCCCAUGGUGGAUGACAAUGGUGACUUUGAUAAGCUUAUUAGCGAGGAAGACAGUAGCUUCAAGAAGUCUUUGUUCACCAAUCCCAGAUUCAGAAAGCAUGUGGAGGUCCUUUUGCCAUGGCUACAGCAUCGUGGCGCCAUGGAAUAUAAUUAAUGAAAGAUUUGCAUAACAUCUCAG